GCCGCUCACGCCGCCCGCGCCAUGGCGUCCGUCGCCGCUUGGCUGCCCUUCGCUCGAGCAGCCGCCAUCGGAUGGGUUCCCAUAGCCACACACCCACUACCGCCACCCCCAGUCCCUAAGGACCGGCGUCGCGCCGAAGACGAGAAGCUCCUUAUCAACGUGUCCGGACGACGCUUUGAGACAUGGCGGAACACCCUCGAGAAAUACCCCGACUCGCUCCUCGGCUCCACCGAGAGAGAAUUCUUCUACGACGAGGACAGCAGAGAGUAUUUCUUCGACAGAGAUCCAGACAUAUUCCGGCACAUACUAAACUAUUACAGGACUGGCAAGUUGCACUAUCCCAAACACGAGUGUUUGACGGGCUACGACGAGGAGUUGGCUUUCUUUGGGAUCCUACCUGAUGUGAUCGGAGACUGUUGUUAUGAGGACUACCGUGAUAGGAAACGUGAAAAUGCCGAAAGGCUGAUGGACGAUAAGUUAAGUGAAGCGGGAGAUCAGAGCCUGCCUCAACUGACAGACUUGCGACAGAAGAUGUGGCGCGCGUUCGAGAACCCCCAUACUUCGACUGCUGCUCUGGUAUUUUACUAUGUGACUGGGUUCUUCAUCGCAGUAUCGGUGAUGGCGAACGUAGUGGAGACAGUGCCGUGUGGCCACCGGCCCGGCCGUGCGGGGACCCUGCCUUGUGGCGAGCGAUACAAAAUCGUGUUCUUCUGCUUAGACACAGCGUGUGUGAUGAUAUUUACCGCGGAGUACCUGCUCCGACUCUUCGCAGCGCCGGACCGCUGCAAGUUCGUGCGAUCCGUGAUGUCGAUCAUAGACGUGGUCGCCAUCCUGCCGUACUACAUCGGGCUCGGGAUCACUGAUAACGAUGAUGUCUCCGGAGCCUUCGUGACCCUGAGAGUGUUCAGAGUGUUCCGUAUCUUCAAGUUCUCCAGGCACUCUCAGGGGCUGCGGAUCCUGGGGUACACGUUGAAGUCGUGCGCCAGUGAGCUGGGUUUCCUGGUGUUUUCGUUGGCAAUGGCGAUUAUCAUCUUCGCCACAGUCAUGUUCUACGCUGAGAAGAACGAACAAGAUACUAAUUUCACAUCCAUUCCCGCUGCCUUCUGGUACACCAUAGUGACAAUGACAACGUUGGGGUACGGUGACAUGGUACCAGGCACGAUAGCUGGUAAGAUCGUGGGAGGAGUGUGCUCCCUCUCCGGAGUGCUGGUGAUAGCCCUCCCUGUGCCUGUCAUCGUGUCCAACUUCUCUAGAAUCUACCAUCAGAACCAGCGCGCAGACAAGAGAAAAGCUCAAAGGAAAGCCCGUCUCGCGCGGAUCCGCAUCGCCAAAGCCUCGUCCGGGGCCGCAUUCGUGUCAAAGAAGAAAGCAGCUGAAGCUCGACUGGCUGCGCAAGAGUCGGGCGUGGAACUAGACGAUGCUGGAAGAGACGAAGACAUUUUCGAGUUGCAACACCACCACCUAUUGCGCUGUCUUGAGCGCACUACGGAUCGAGAGUUUGUGGAGAUGGAGAAUCCUUUCAACGGUGCAGCCAAACGUGCAGGUUCGCCCUCACCCCUCGCGUCGCCUGCGCACUCCGGACGUGCGCCCGCGCUGCUUGCGUGCUGCGCGCGGUGCGGUUGUUGCCCCCAAAAAUACCAGGUCCUGCUAUUAGACUCGAGUAGGAAGGGAAGGAAGGGCGGCAGGCGGUAUACUUCGACCUCACGACCCUCCGACACCUCAGUGUCCGCUGCGCCCAGCGAAGACCCCUUACCACAAGCGUGUGGCAAAUACAUUCCUGCCGGGAGUACAGUGCAAGGAAACCAGACAGGUGUCGCGAUGGAUGGGACUUAUUUGGUGGAGGCGUCCUUCUAGGGCCCGUCCACCACUCAUAUGGAGACCUAUGUAUAACACAUGCAAGUGAAAUAACACGGACAUGAAAGCCUAGUUAAAUACUAGCAAACAACGACGCGACGUCGUAACAACAAUUAUUAGAAUUAUAAAUCUGUGUAACUUAAUGUUCUAAGUCUAACACGAUACUGCCUAACAUUAAUAAAAAAAAUAUCAGAUUUGUAUUUUGCAAGAUUUUCGAGUGUGAGUAUGGACACAGAGUUAUACACUGUGAUUUUCAAAAUGGAAUAGUCCAUUUCUUGUUCCAUUCCAUUUUUAAAAGACUUUCUGUAGUGCCAUUCCAUGUUUCGAUUAUCGGAAUGCGCUCUGGAAUGGAGUUAACGUUUGGAAAUGGAAUGCAUUUCUGGAUUGUGACAUGAAAGAGAUGGAAGAUGUUGAGAUUGUGGUCUUUGUCGGUUCUUUCGCGUCCUCUCCGUGUAGUUUCUUUUAUCCGUAUUAGUAAUAAAACAGUAUUAAUUAAGAUUUUAAAUGUUAAUGGUGAACGGAUAGUGUCUCGCUUCUUAUAACAACGAGGUUUAAUUAUGUGAAAAUGGUAUUGUCUUUAGUCUAGUAUCUUGUGGGAGGCGUUAUUAGAAAAGACAACUAGUUUCAAAUUUCAAUAUAGUCAAUAGUUAUUCGAGUCAUAUCAAUAUUAGGCAGUUAACUAGACGUACCGGUAUGUUAUGAAUUAACUGUUCAUAGUUAAAGUCAUUGCUGGGGGUCCUAAGAUGAAAUUAGAGUGUAAAUUUGCAAUAGAGUACAGUCUAGUCAAGGUUGAACAAAAAAAAGGGUCAGAGCAAGGCAACGUCUUUUUAA